AUGGAACGCGCAUCACAUGUGUUGGUGUUGUGCAGGCGCUACUACGACCAUUCGCUGCUGUCAGCAGAGUCCUACUUCCACAUUAUCGCAUACAACUCAGAGUUUUGCUCUCGGUUCAUCUCUUCCAAUCUUCGCUUUGCCAACUGGCGCGGCAGUCUCGGGUGCAAAUGCCAGUACAAGCAUCUCGUUGACUGGUGUGGCUGUUCCCCAAACGUCUUCAUUGCGGACGAUCUACGAUUGCUCAAGUCGCUCCCGUCUGCGCCAAACUUCUUUGCGCGCAAGUUUGACGGGCGCGUGAGCGACUCCGUUAUCCACGACUGUGUGUAG